CAACCAAACAAACCCAAAGCGGCGCCGCCCUUUGCCAAUUCUUCGUCGGGCUCUUCGCCGGCGACGAGCAUCCGACAGGUGGAUUUAUAGAAGCCCAAGGAAAUUAUCUGCCAGCCAUUUCACUAGUUUUGGCGAAGUUUGAGAGUUAGGCCUUCACUGUGAAGGUUAAUUAGAUGAAGCUGCAUCAUUUUUGGCAGUUAGGCGUUAAGGAUAUGAAGGCCGUUCCACUUCCGCGCCAGAGAACUUCUCCAAAAAGACGAGUGUGGAUACUUGUCAUUGCAGCUUUCAUCGCCAUUGCAAUAGCCUGGGCAUAUCUAUAUCCUCCCCCACAUUACAAGUCUCCUAUGAGAGACUGGCUUCCUGCAGAGCCUGCCAGGGAAUUGACCGAUGAAGAAAGAGCCUCACGUGUUGUAUUCAGACAAAUACUUACAACACCUCCUGUUCGAUCUAAGAGUUCGAAAAUAGCUUUCAUGUUCUUGACUCCAGGAACUUUGCCAUUUGAAAGAUUAUGGGAAAAAUUCUUUGAGGGCCAUGAUGGAAGGUAUACCAUAUAUGUGCACGCCUCAAGGGAGAAGCCAGAACAUGUCAGUCCCAUAUUUAUUGGUCGAGAGAUACACAGUGAAAAGGUAACCUGGGGUAAAAUUUCUAUGGUUGAUGCUGAGAGGAGGUUGUUGGCAAAUGCUUUACAAGACAUUGACAAUCAGCAUUUUGUCUUGCUAUCUGACAGCUGUGUACCUUUGCACAAUUUUGACCAUGUGUAUGACUACCUAAUGGGGACAAAUCUCAGUUUUAUUGACUGCUUUUAUGAUCCUGGGCCACAUGGAAAUUUUAGGUAUUCACAGAAUAUGUUACCUGAGGUUACAGAGGCAGACUUCAGGAAGGGUUCACAGUGGUUCUCAGUCAAGCGCCAACAUGCGUUGAUGAUUGUUGCAGACAGUCUUUACUAUACUAAGUUCAAGCUUCAUUGCAGGCCUGGGAUGGAAGACGGUCGCAACUGCUAUGCUGAUGAGCAUUAUUUGCCAACAUUAUUCCAUAUGAUGGACCCAGAUGGAAUUGCUAAUUGGUCUGUAACCCAUGUUGACUGGUCUGAAGGAAAAUGGCAUCCGAAAGCUUACCGGGCAAAGGAUGUUACUUUCGAGCUUCUGAAGAAUAUAACUUCAAUUGACAUGAGCUACCAUGUCACUAGUGAUAGCAAGAAAGUGGUUACAGAGAACCCUUGCCUGUGGAACGGAGCAAAGAGACCAUGCUACCUGUUUGCGAGAAAGUUCUACCCUGAGUCCAUAAACAACCUCAUGACAUUGUUCUCAAAUUAUACACUUAUUUGAGCUUCACGGACGCGGAGGUUAUAGGGUAUACACAUAUAGAAUUCUUUGUACAUUGGGGAACAGCAGAAUAGCAGGUUGAUUAACAGUAGCUGGACAUAGCAAUAGUGGAGGAAAAGGCUUUCGCUGCAGAAACAGGGUGGCUUCAGAUUUACCAGGAAAAGCCAUGGCCACUCAUUUAGGCUCUAGUUGCUUUUUCAUAGUUUCUCCUGUUUUUUAGCUGCAGAUUUUUGCCAUGUGUAUCGAGCUUAUUGUGACAGGAAAAGACAUUGGGUGAGAAUCUGAUAUUGUGAUUAUUCAGAAGCUGUCAACUUGGACCUAUUUUUUUGUCA